AUGGACAAAACCAUAAUAUCAGGGAAUAAAAGCUAUGGAGGUGGCAUCCCGACGUAUUACAGUGCUACCGUAGGGGUGAAUGGGCAAGGAUUCAUGGCGCAAGACGUCACUUUUCGAAACAUUGCCGGAGCUAAGAUGCAACAGGCAGUAGCUUUAAGAGCAACUGCUGAUUUAUGCACCUUCUAUAGGUCACGUAUGCCACUUCCUGGCCAAUAUAUUACCAUCACAGCACAACAGAAAAAUGGUGAGAAAGAAGCAACAGGAUUCGUGUUGCAAAAUUGCACGUUACAGUUAGCAACUCCAGAUGCGGAUAAUGUGACUAUGUAUUUAGGGCGGCCAUGGGGUGACUUGUCAAGUACUGUGAUUAUGCAGAGUUACAUAGACCUAUUGAUAAAUCCAAAAGGGUGGAUAGAGUUUGAGGGAGAGACCCUAGUUCGCCCAUUCUAUAUGGAAUUCAAUAAUACAGGAUCUGGUGCAAACACAACGGAACGUGUGAAGUGGGCGCAUGUCACGAGUGAUCCUAAGGUCGCAUCAAGUUUCACUGUCAGGAAUUUUAUCCAGGGCGACAAAUGGAUACCCUCCACAGUCCCACAUUACUUAGAUCUCAUAAGAAUGCAAAUGACAAAGUAA